UAAGCACACCGAGACCUUGUCCACCUCGCAAGGACAUACGCAUCUCAGCCCCUAUGCGAAAAAUCUCCCGCCAUUUUCGAACGAGCGCGACCGCGAGAAACUUUACUUCCAUAGACCUAUUGUACAAUUUAUUGAAUCUAUAUUUAGAAAAUUGUUUUAUUAAUAAAAACAAUUAAUUUUAUGUAAAAGUGGAAGUGAUCUGGAAUUUUAAAUAUAUAUUUCACUAUUGUAGAUGCUGGGCGCAGGAACCUAAACAAUGUGUAUAUUAUAGAAGAAACAUUAUAUAUUAGAAUAAAAGCAUUUGCUUAAUUUAAAAAUGGAAUUACGCGCCAUAAAGCUCAGCCUGUCCUUUUUGCUCAUUAUACUGGCUAGUGGAGCAAGCAAAGAGAAUGAUAGUGUAACAGAAGAAGUUCGUAAACCACGAUCUAGCAGGAGGGUGGUGAAGCUGUAUUCUGGAACAAGACCCGAACCAUUUGUAUGUCAAAAUGAAGGUUUUCAUGCCGACCCUAUCGACUGCACGGUUUUCUAUCGUUGUAUGAUAGCUGGAAGAGGGAAAUAUACGGUAUUCAGGUUCCAAUGUGCACCAGGAACUGUAUAUGAUCCAGAUACAGAAGUGUGUAAUCAUCCUCAAAGCACAAAACGAAUUCAUUGUGGAGGCAAAACUAUUACAACAAUAGAACCUACAUUUGGAAAUGAAAUUGAUGCGAUACAUUACGAAGUUCCUUCCCCAAUAAGUACCAAGCAACCUAUAUAUAUUGAAAAAGUUAAAAACGAAACAGCAUCUGCUUUCUCAACUACGACUAAAUUUGAAUCCAUUGCCUUAUCUUCUACAAAAUAUCCAUUAAUAUUAUUUACAAAGCCCGACAAUUCACCUUCACAAACGGCUUCAUGGACUUCUUCUACAAAACAUCGAGACUCACAUAUAAAUAGCGGAAACUCAACUAAAAGAUUUACUGAGUCCUCCAUAGUAUAUUCACACACUACUACAAAAAGCCAUAGACCUACACUAAUUGUUAAUCAGCAGUCAAAAUUAAAAAAUAAUGACAUAUGCGAUUCUGAUGGUUUUAUAGGAGAUAGUGAAAACUGCCGAAAAUUUUACAGAUGUGUAAAUAAUCAAAGAGGAGGGUUCAUUAAAUAUGAUUUCCUAUGCAGUGAGUCGACUAUAUGGGAUGACAAUAUAAAAGCUUGCAAUCAUGCAUGGGCUGUUAAACGCCGGCGGUGUGGACGUGAAAAUUAUCAUGAUAACGAUGAUGUAAAUGUUAAACUUACUACACCAUACGAAAAGAAGACGGACGAGGAACAAAAUAUAAUAGAAAAAAAUGAAAGUGCCAAUUUUGGUAUGAGAACAACAGAAAGUUAUAAUUCAAACGCGAGUCAAAAUGUACCAGUUCAAUUAACUAAUACAUUACCUGUAAGUAAUAAAACUAUCCAAAACCAAGAUAGAGACUACUCCAAACAGCACACUGCCACAUUUUCUUUGCAAAAAUAUGGUAAUGCUUAUCAAGGUUACAAUACAAAUAGUACGAAAGUUAAUACCAUGUCAUCUUCCCAGGGUUGUACUAAAAGUGGCUUUAUAAGAGAUCAUAAUGAUUGCAGGAAAUUUUAUCAAUGUAUUGACAAUGGAAAAGGAAGUUAUUCUAAACAUGAAUUUGUAUGUGGUGAAGGAACUGCAUGGGAUCCAAAAAUAGGAAGUUGUAAUCAUGCAUGGGCAGUUGAAGAUUGUGGGACUAAUAUAUUCGAAAUUAUAACUCGAGAUCACAAUGCAACUUAUACUACAUUUGGAAACAAAAAGAAUACACCGAGAGAAAGUGUUACAACGCAUCGUACUUCAAAAUUUACUCAAACUUUUGAUUCAACUAUAGGACCUACAGCAACUGAAAUAAAAAAUGUGGGAUAUGAAAGUCACUCUACUUCAUUUAUGCCAAGUAACUUAUCACAUUAUACGAUAUCUACCACAGCAGCUUCUAGAAACAGAGGUAAUAAUUGUAAAAGUAGUGGGUUUAUAGGAGAUGAAAAUGAUUGUAAGAAAUUCUAUAGAUGUGUAGAUAACGGUCAAGGUGGCUACAUACGGUAUGAAUUCACUUGCGGAGAAGGUACAGUUUGGGAUUCUAAGAUUGAAGCAUGCAACCAUGCUUGGGCUGUUGAAAGAUGUGGUGCAACUGACAUUAAUAUUGAAGAUAAAAUUGAAACAACUACACUAAAGGAAUCGAUAUCAUCUACAUCAAAUAUUAAUUUAACAUCAGAAGAUCAAAACUAUCCCGAUGAUUAUGAUUCAGGAUAUGGAUCUCAAAACAACAAGCCUGUGACUACAACAACUAUUGGUACAGUAAUUAUAUCAUCAGAAAACCCUACAGUUGAAAGUAAUAUAUGUUCACAUAAUGGUUUCAUAGGUGACAAAAAUGAUUGCAAAAAAUUCUACAGAUGUGUAGAUGAUGGUAAAGGAAAAUAUAUACGUUAUGAUUUUACUUGUGGGGAAGGUACGGUGUGGGAUUCUAAAAUAGAAGCAUGUAACCAUGCUUGGGCAGUAGAAAGUUGUGGUAAUAUGGAAAAUAUUCCACAUACUACUGCAAUUUCUAAGCCUUUGAAUGAUGAAGACAUAGACAACAGUCCUUUGCACAAUAAUGAAGUAACUGAUAGAACAACAGAAAGUAUUCAAUAUACCACAACUAGUAAACCUCUUGCGUCGGAAAAUAUAUGUUCAAGAGAAGGAUUUUAUGGUAAUUCCAAUGAUUGUAAAAAGUUUUAUAGAUGUGUUGAUAACCAAAAAGGAGGCUAUAUUAAGUAUGAGUUUACUUGUGGAGAAGGCACUGUAUGGGAUUCCGAAACUAAUAGUUGUAAUCAUGCCCAUACAAGCUCCUGUAAAACAAGUAUUAAUUCUGACAAUUUAGAAACAUCAUCGAUGAAUACAUUAACGGAAAGCACACAAUCGCAAAGUGAUCUGAGCUCUCAACCGUCAAGUACGACUACUACUACCAAAGCCCCAAUUUCAACUGUUUGUUCUCAGGAAGGCUUUAUUGGAGAUGCAAAUGAUUGUAAGAAGUUCUACAGGUGUGUUAACAAUGGACAUGGAGGAUAUAUUAAAUACGAAUUCAUUUGUGGUGAUGGUACUAUUUGGGAUAAUGAAAUACAAGCAUGUAAUCAUGAUUCAUUUAAAAGUCAUUGUCAUAUAAAUAGUAACGCAUCUACUGUAUCAAAUAAUAAUGAAAUGAAUAUAGAAAGUGAUGCCAUAGAAUCUACAUCAACGGAAUAUCAUUUACCAGAAUCAACUGAACAAGAUCAUCCUACAGAAACAUCCAAAAAUACAUGUACAAUUGAAGGGUUUCAUGGAAAUUCUAACAAUUGUAAAAUGUUUUACAGGUGUGUAGACGAUGGUAAAGGUGGUUAUAUAAAAUAUGAUUUUACUUGUGGAGAAGGCACUAUAUGGGAUCAAAAAAUACAAUCAUGUAAUCACGAAUCCACUGACAAUACAUGUACAAAUAAAGUAAUUGAGGGAUCAACUCAAGGUGCUGUAAUUCAAACAGAAACUAGUAAUAACACUGAUGCUACUUCUAAACCUUUUGAUAGUCAUACUACUGAAAAACAAGAACUGUCCGAACCAAAUGAAAAAGAUCAGUGUACGUCGGAAGGUUUCUUUGCAGAUUCUAAAAAUUGCAAAAGAUUUUAUCGUUGUGUAGGUAAUGGCAAAGGAAGUUACACCAAGUAUGACUUUUCGUGUGCUGAAGGUACAGUAUGGGUUCAAGAAAUACAAGCGUGUGACCAUGAUGAUAACUCUGAAAGUUGUCUAUCACAAAAGCAAACAACUACAAGUAUGAGUACAUCGCAUAUGCAACAGUCGACAACAACGGAAACGUCUGACACUGUAUAUAGACCAGAUAAACAAGAUGACGAAUAUUCAAAUAACGAUUCUAGCAGCUCAGAUUCUGAUUGUUCAUCUGAAGGUUUCCAUCCUAAUAAGAAUGAUUGCAAGUACUUUUAUAGAUGUGUUGAUAAUGGAAAUGGAGGAUAUACAAGAUAUGAUUUUAAAUGUGGAGAAGGUACGGCAUGGGACUCAGAUCUUCAAACUUGUAAUCAUAUAAAAGACGUGGAAAAUUGCGAAAAUUCUAGUCAAGAAAAUUCUUUAAUGGAUGAAAAUUCAUCUUCAACUACAGAUAACACGAAUUAUAAUAAUACUACAGAAACUUCGAAACCUAUUGCUAAAGACAAAUGUGAAAAUGAAGGGUACUUUGGAAAUUCUCAAGAUUGUUCGAAGUUCUAUAGAUGUGUUGAGAAUGGAAAAGGUGGGUAUACAAAAUAUGAUUAUUCUUGUGGUGAAGGCACUAUAUGGGAUCAAGAUAUCUUAACUUGUAAUCAUCCUCAAGAUGUAGAAAAUCCAUCUUGUACAGAUAAAGAAAAUGAAACUGUAAUAACAACUGACUCGUCCAACACUAUGACAUCUUCGACAUCGUCUCAAACGGAGGCAAGUACUACUACAAGCUCUCAACAAAAUGAUUCGAAUUGUACGCAAGAAAGUUCUACGAAACCUGGAAAUCAAAAUAUUACAUGCGAAAAAGCCGGGUAUUAUCCGAAUCCCAACGAUUGUAAAAAGUUUUAUAGAUGUGUUGACUGGGAUGGAAAUGGCCAGCGAUUUUCAGUAUAUCACUUUGAUUGUGGUGAUGGUACAAUAUGGGAUCCCCAAUUGGAGACAUGUAAUUACGAAGAAUCCGUAUAUCCUCCACGUGAUUGUACGGGAGUUCAAUCACAAAAUGAAAAUUCUGGUGAAUCAACUACUCAAAAAGAAGUUUCUACUACAAAUACAGAUGAUUCUACGCAAUCAUCUACAACAGAAUCGCCCACUUCUACUACUAGUGAGCAAACUACAACUCAACAGCCAGUAACAACAGAACAAUCAACCACAUCCAAGCAAACGACAUCUCAAGAGACAACUACAACAGAACAAACAACAACUAAGCAAUCAACUACUACUGAGCAAACAACAUCUGAACAAACAACUACAACCGAACAAACAACUACAACAGAACAAACAACUACAACAGAACAAACUACGACAACAGAACAAACAACCUCCCAAUCAACAACUACUCAAGUAACUACAACGAGCGAUAAAACAACUCAAUUAUCGUCUUCUGAACAAACAAGUGAAGCAACGACUGAGCAAACUACAACAGAAGAAACAAGUGACCAAUCUACUACUAGUGAACAAACCACAUCGCAGCAAUCUACAACUGAAGGUAGUCAGGAAACUACCGAUAACCAACAGUCAACCAAUACGGAAGAAACAACAACACAGCAAUCCAGUACGACUGAAACAAAUCCUACAGAUAGUGGAACAAGUACAGAAGAGACAACAUCUGAACAACAAUCCACAACGACAGAGCAGUCAGAAAGUAGUACUGAUGGAAGUUCUACAACAGAAGAAAAUUCAAGUUCUUUGAAUAAAUGUCCUGAGACCGAUGAUGAUCAGUAUCUAUAUGUUUGUCCGACGUCAUUCAAAAGACAUCCUAAAUACUGUAAUAUGUUCUAUCAAUGUACAGAAGACGAUGAUAGUCAUGAUCUAAAAAUUGCUGUAUUUACUUGUCCGAACAAUACUAUUUAUGAUGAAGAUCAAGUUCAAUGCGUUGAAGAAAAUAAGACUGAUGAUAAAUGUGAUGGAGAAAUAGCUCAAAGAAGAAGAGUAAGACGCCUAAACAAGUAUUAUAAGGAACCGAUCGUGGCUACGAGAGGAAAAUUCUCAUGUUCCAAUGUUGGUUAUUAUCCCUUUGAGAAAAACGUAGAAUGUUCUCCGGCUUUUCUUAAGUGUCAAAGAAUAAAAACAGGCAUCUUAAGAGGCUACGUGCACAAAUGUCCUGAAGGAUAUUAUUACUGGUCCAUCAGUAAAAGGUGUGAGAGGAAAAUCAAUUUGAAAGGUUGUAAAUCUUCUGCUAACGAUUGGAAUGAUAGAUGGGAAAUUCCAAUCGAAAGAAAAAAUAUUGCGACUUGAGAUAUAAGAGAUUUAAAAUUAAACGUGCAAUAUUAAAAUUGACAUAUACAUCCAUAAGUAUACCCUCAAUAGUACACUCACUAGAAUGUGGACAGCUGAAAAAAUACAUAGAUUUAUAAUUUGAUAAAAUAUUACGAGUAUAAUAGACAUACUUUACUGAAAAUAUGUCAGUAGGUAUAUAGGUAGGUACUUAACUAGUAUAAUUGAAUAUUAACGUAAUUUACUUUACUACUAUGUCUAGUCUUGAUUACAACAUUAGUUUAUAAAUGUGACAAUAACAAUGCGCCAUAAUUAUAACUUGUGAACAAAAUAUUGUAUAUUAUUUUUCACAUUAUUUUGAGCACGACUUCAAUGAUAUUUGGGAAUAAAUUAUUACCACAAUGA